AAGCAGCAUCCGAGAGUGUGUGUCAACCCCGUGCUCGAUAUAGAAAAGAAAGUAUACGUCAUUUUUGCUCAACCUCAACAAAGCUCCUUUUUUUUCUCCUUCUUCGAAAAAACUAGCGCCCCUGACGGGAUGCUGAAGUUUCGCUGAUGAAUCGUUGCAUGGCGAGAUGCUGUCGAGUGGUGUGUCGUGAAAUAUCGCUAGUUUUAUCAAAUUCACGAGAAAAUAAAAGUGCUAGAGCUAAAUCCAAGUGACAAUGACGUUGAUUUAAUUAGAAUGAAAUGGUUGACGGAGUAAGAAUGCGGAAAAUUAAGUAAAUUUUGUGCUUCAGAUGCGAUGUGAAUCAGCGCAGACAUAUUUCACCAUCGGAUAGGACGCGAUCAAAAGUGACAGCUCGGCAUGCUGCGGAUGUGUGUUGAAUAUUGACAAAUAAUCGAGUAAAGCUGAGCGUUACAUAAAAAAAACAUGAACUCCACAAUAGUGACAAACAUGAAACCACUUUUUUCGUUCUGUGUAAUGUGCACCUUGUUGGCAUCAUGUGUUGCGAAUCCCGAUGCAAAGAGACUGUAUGAUGAUUUACUCAGUAAUUACAAUCGCUUGAUAAGGCCUGUCAGCAACAACACCGAUACAGUGCUGGUGAAGUUAGGGCUGCGAUUAUCACAGCUGAUUGAUUUGAAUCUGAAAGAUCAAAUAUUAACAACUAACAUCUGGCUUGAACAUGAAUGGCAAGACCAUAAAUUCAAAUGGGAUCCAACGGAAUACGGUGGUGUGACAGAGCUGUACGUACCGUCCGAACAUAUCUGGCUGCCGGAUAUUGUGCUUUACAAUAAUGCCGAUGGCGAGUAUGUGGUGACAACACUGACCAAAGCGAUUCUGCAUUACACCGGGAAAGUGAUCUGGACGCCACCGGCAAUUUUCAAAUCAUCCUGCGAGAUUGACGUGCGCUACUUUCCGUUCGACCAGCAGACUUGUUUCAUGAAGUUUGGAUCAUGGACAUACGACGGCAAUCAGAUCGACUUGAAACAUAAAAAUCAACUGAACAACUCCGACAACAUGGUUAAAAUUGGAAUCGAUCUACGGGAAUACUAUCCGAGUGUGGAGUGGGACAUCCUGGGUGUGCCAGCGGAGCGUCACGAAAAGUACUAUCCAUGCUGUGCGGAACCUUAUCCUGACAUAUUCUUUAACAUCACAUUACGCCGGAAGACCCUGUUCUACACCGUCAAUUUGAUAAUACCGUGUGUUGGCAUUUCGUACCUCUCGGUGCUCGUGUUCUACUUGCCAGCUGAUUCAGGCGAAAAAAUUGCAUUAUGCAUCAGUAUUCUGCUAUCGCAAACUAUGUUCUUCCUACUGAUAUCGGAAAUCAUACCUUCCACCUCGCUGGCGUUGCCCCUUCUCGGCAAGUACCUUCUGUUUACGAUGAUACUGGUCGGGCUGAGCGUCGUGAUCACCAUUAUCAUCCUGAACAUACAUUAUCGCAAACCGAGCACUCACAAGAUGGCACCCUGGGUCCGGAAGUUCUUCAUCCUACGUCUGCCGAAAUUGCUUUUAAUGCGGGUGCCAAAUGAUUUGCUGAAGGAAUUGGCUGCAAACAAAAUAAACUAUGGAAUCAAAAUCAGCAAAAGCAAAUUUGGCGCAGCACUCGCAGCUCAUUCGCAAAUGCAGCAAAACUCGGGCGGAUCAAGUCCGGAUUCCAUAAGGCACAUGCAAGGUCGCCCUGGGGGAUGUAACGGAUUGCACUCGACGACGGCAACGAAUAGAUUCAGUGGACUUGUGGGAGCCCUUGGAGGAGGUUUGAGUAGUCUUGGAGGUUACAACGGAUUGCCUUCAGUAAUGUCCGGACUGGACGAAUCCCUGAGUGACAUGGCACCAAGGAAGAAAUAUCCAUUCGAGCUAGAGAAAGCCAUUCACAACGUUAUGUUCAUACAGCAUCACAUGCAACGUCAAGAUGAGUUUAAUGCGGAGGAUCAAGAUUGGGGAUUUGUGGCGAUGGUAUUGGAUCGUUUAUUUUUAUGGUUAUUUACACUAGCGUCAUUAUUCGGCACAUUUGCAAUCCUGUGCGAGGCACCCUCGCUGUACGACGAUACCAAACCGAUUGACAUUGAGUACUCCAUUAUCGCGCAGAAGCUGUUCAAUCUCACCGUUAAAGAUCCCCGACAUACAUAAGCGGGUGGACCUGCUCAAGAAAGAGAGUGAAGGUGGAGAGGGCUCACAAGUUGGGUGGCCGCGCGUUCAAAAGAAGUCAAAAUUUAUAGGCUGUUCCAUUAGAAGGUUAUCCACAAUUAACAAUUGCUCUCGAGCAGAGAGAAUCGCACCGAAAGUUGUAUGUAAUUGCAAUCAUAUGAACAAAUUUUUCACAGUGUUGUUAGUAAACUAUCGGAAUUCAUGGUACAUAACCAUCAUUAGAUAUGAAGAAGUAAAUGCCGGACUAUCGACUACCGAAACAUUUU